UGCAACGGUAGAUGCAGUACUCUCGAGGCUUCUUCGAAUGAACGCAAUAUUUCGUCCUUCAGGAUAACACACUUCCUUCCAAGAAAGGAGGCUACGUGAGUCCAGGCUGAUGCUAAAGGCCCGAUGCUAUAGGCAGGACAUGCUACAGUAUGAGCAGGAGCCGGAAGCUUAAUGCUACAGAAGCCUUAUCUACAUUUUCCGCAGACGAUAAAAAAGCCGGCAGUUAUUGCUUUCCCCUCGUGGCUGUAUUCGCUGUGGUACUGACUGUCUGGGUAACGCUCGGCCUCGUCGCCUUCUACUAUGCCAGUCGAGAUCGCAAGCAACAACAGGGCCAAGUGUUUUGCUGCCCUGACGUGCUGACCGACCUCGAGACCUUCGUCAAUCCCAACCUGGACCCUUGCGAUAACUUUUACGAAUACACUUGUCGCAGAUCGGUGGACGACUCCCUCUUCGGUGGCCUGAAUAACGUCUUCGACGACGUGCGCCGGAGAGUCUUGAAGAAUAUUAGCAACAACGUGUUUGCGAACAAAGUCAAGAGCAAGGCAAUGGUUGCUCUGGCGACAUUCCAUCUGUCCUGCUUGAACCCUAUGGUCGAUACUCAGGAAGCCGGGAAUCAGAUGAUCCAGGCACUUGGUUGGUUUCACGGCCGCUGGGGCGUCCUGUCGGCUAUGCCCAGCGAUGAAGACAUAGUGUUCCUUACGAUGAUCCUCUCGCUGAACUACAGGGCGCCUUCGGUGGUUUCCUUCAUGGUUGUGAGUGAGGGCUUCUCUAACGCAACCUCUCCCACAUCGUCGCGGAGACCAUCAAUAGACAUACGACCGGGUCGAAGUCUCGCAAACAAAUUCAGCGAUCACCAAGACAUCGAAAACUAUACUAUCAGCACCAUGCUGGGCUGGAUCAACCGUUACGUCCAAACUCUUAGUUCGCAAAGUGUUCUUGUCAGCGUUGAAAAUGUUCUAGCCGUAGAACGCGACUUGGCACUUGACUCGUACACGUGGACUGCCACGAACAAGAUAACCACUAGUCAACUGUCUCAACUGUGGCCACCCUUGAAAGCGUUCACCAUUAUCAACAUGAUAUCUCGAUCGUUACCAAAAUCUAUAAAAUAUUCCCACCUGGAAUCUAUUUACACUGCCAGCUUGGAUUAUAUCAGCUCGUUGACCCGUCGUCUUCUCAAGCCAGAGUACCGGCAUGUCAUUCAGCCGCUACUUCUGAUACACGCCUUCGUUCCCAUGGUACCAGAGCUGUUUUUGUUUAACUUCCGACACGAAGACAGAAGCAGGGCCAUUGACGCCUGUGGGACAGUCUCGCAGAAAGUGAAUGCCAUAUGGGAGAUGGCAACGUAUGAAACGCUCGAGAAUCCCAAAGUGAAUACCGAUGUUACAAAAAUGUUCCUGAACGUCCGGAGCGCACUUGCCGCAAGUGUGAACGGUACCAGCGACAUGGAGGAAUCGAGCCGCCAAGAAGCUGUUGCGAAAGUGACGAAGGCUCGGAUUGUCUUUCCAAACGACACCCUCUAUCACUCAGUGGAGAUUCCGUUAAUGGGGAACAAUUUCUUCGUCAAUAUAAUGGGCCUCUUACAGUACCACGAGGAAACUACGGUCAAGCACGCAAUCGACUCAAAGUACGACUGGAGCCUGACAGCCGUCAAAAAUUCCUUCACCUACUUCGGCAUCUACAACGCCAUUUCCAUCACGCUCUACGGCAUGCAGAGACCACUCUAUUAUUCGAACGCGGAAGACUUCAUCAAUUACGCCACCCUCGGUGUCCACCUGGCUAGUGCUCUUUUCGAAGCCAUUGGAUUCUCGGGGAGCAGACUUGACUCCAACGAGGAGCGAAGGGACUGGUGGACGGAAAAGACGCUUUCGGCUAUGGAGGCUGAAAAGAAGUGCUACGUAGCACACUACGUCCAUCCAGGGAAGGCCUCGGCCGUGGAGUUCGAGGCCUACUACGACACCGUCAUAGCCGUCGCACGAUCUCUGGAAUUGGUCUGGAACAUGAUGGCAGACAAACUGACUGACAGGACGAUAGUGCAACGACCGAAGUGGAACUUGACGCGGAAGCAGCUGUUUUUAAUCAGGUUCUGUCAGUCCUGGUGCCGCUACUGGACAUCUCCGACCCCGGACGCUUGGCUUUGCAAUAUACCUCUGCAGCGUCUGCGAGCCUUUGAGUUGGCUUUCGGCUGUCUACCAGGCCAAAACAUGACCGGUGGAAAGUCGUGUAAUAUGAUAAUCCCAGAAUGAUGGGCGUUUUAUGCCCUGGUGCUUCCCUGCGUGGUACGGUUUGACGUGAAGUGCGUGUAUAGUGUGCGGAAAUCGUAUUUGCAAGUGUGCCAGCGAACGUGAUAUUGAUCUGGACAAGAGCGUUACCUGUACACGCAUGAACUGAGUGGAACAGAAAUAUUAGCAUUAGCUGUGUAUAUAGUACGAACGUAAAACAUAAAGAGCCACUUCCUUUCAAUAAUCUCGCCACGUUUAGUUUCAAAAAACUUAAAUAAAAUUGUGUUGUGGAAAGAGUU